GCGCGCAGGACUUCCGACGGCAGGCAGGCAGUGGGUCGACGAUCAAGACUUGGGGCGUCCGUCCAUCGGCUUCCGGGAAUCAGCAGGCCGAGCCUUUGACCGAGUUGGCGUACUGCGCACUCGACUCGAUCGAUAGAUCGAUAGAUCGGCAUCAUGGUUGUUGUCCCCGUUCGGAGAGCUCUUGACUCUGUCAAAAGCACGAGCGUCUGUGGGUGCCGAUUAUCCUUCACGGCAGGAGCACGGCGGGGAUGGCCUGAUCGCUCCCCGUGGGCUUCCCAACCAUUAGUCGAUCUACUCGAUCAUUCGCCGAUUGAUCGACCGCCGGACCGACUCCCUCCACGGAGAGGCACUUUGAGCCUGCUCGGCCGCUCAGUGGUGAGCGUUGUUGGUGAUUAUGUAAUCGAAAAACAGAAAGAAUGUGACCGACGUGGCGCAGGCAUGAGGAUUGUCGCCUUGGAGCAGACGAGGAUGAAGUUAAUGUAGAACCUCUUCGUUCGUAUUGCCGGGAGAUCGGUGGGAGCCGAUGCGUUUGACAUCGAAAAUUAUUCUGGUCCUGUGGUUCGAAAGUGGUAGCAGGGAGAGGGUUGGGCAAAGGUAGUAUUAUGGACUCGAGCGGAUACUGGAUUCAGGUUGGGCUGUUGCUGCUCGUGUGCGGACUGCAGCGUACGUGUGGAGAUCAGAAUGAAGUAACGAUCUCUUGUAACGGUGCUAUGGAGAAAUCCGUGUUGCAGGUGAAGACGUGCGAGUGCCCGAAUUGUGGUUGGGACGUCAGCAGUCGGACUUUGGAUCUGUCGACCUACACAGCGCCUCUUGAUGUUAAAUUUGUGUUGAAUGUCGAGAACCAAGACACACAUUCUAAUGUAUAUGGGCAGAUACAACCGAGCGGUUCAGAUUGCACGCCUAGCGAGAGCUCGAACUGGCUCAGAUUCUCCUCGAGCAAUGACCAGUAUGUCGUAAGCUCGUCGGUGAAGAGCAGCUCGAAGCUGUGGAUGUUUUACUACGGCAACAGCAGUGCCAGCGACAUUGCUCCUGGAUCCAAUCCCUGCGUGACGGAGGCCGUCUUCCUGAAUGUGAAGGAGGGCGUCCCCCUGAGUGUGACCGGCGCUGCGGACGACAAGGCCGAUAGCGUGAACCGAGUGGGCUUGGUCGUGGGGGUGGUGGUGGGAAUCGCCGUGGUCAUUGCUGCGCUGGGGCUUUUCUGGAGGAAGCGCACGAUCUGGCACAAGCUGAGGCCCCUCAACAGCAGCACCGGAUCCAAGGACAGCGAUUUCGCGUCCGUCAACGACCUGUCGGAUUUGGAAGCCGGCGCGCCGCACCACUACGCGUACAAAGACCUGAGCGCGGCCACGCACAGCUUCAACUCCAAGUACGUGGUGGGCGAGGGGGGGUUCGGCACCGUGUACAAGGGCGUGCUCAAGGACACGGGCUCGCCGGUGGCCAUCAAGCGGCUGUCGCAGUACGCGCGGCAGGGCGCGCGCGAGUUCAUGGCCGAGGUGAAGAUCAUCAGCCAGCUGCGCCACCGCAACCUCGUGCAGCUGCUGGGCUGGUGCCUGGAGAAGGACGAGCUGAUCCUGGUGUACGAGUUCAUGCCCAACGGUGACCUGGACGACCUCAUCUACGCCGACAAGCCCAAAUGCGACCUGACGUGGAAGCAGCGGUACAACAUUCUGUGCGGCGUGGCCACGGCUCUCGUGUAUCUGCACGAGGAGUGGGAGCAGAGGGUGGUCCACCGCGACGUGAAAACCAGCAACGUCAUGCUCGACUCCGCGCUCAACGCGCGACUCGGCGACUUCGGCCUGGCCCGGCUCUCGGCGCACAGCCAGGCUCCUCAGACCACUCUGGUGGCGGGCACGCUGGGCUAUCUGGCGCCGGAAUUCAGCCUCUCCGGCAAGGCCACCGACAAGACGGACGUGUACGCUUUUGGCGUGGUGGCGCUGGAGGUGACUUGCGCCCGGCGGCCGCUGGCGCCGGAUUUGGUUCUGGUGGAUUGGGUUUGGGAUCUGCACAAGAACGAGCGGCUUCUCGACGCCGUCGACCCGAAGCUGGACGUGCGCAGUAGCGACGACGAGGUUCAGAUGAAGGCCGUGCUUCAAGUGGGCCUUCUGUGCGCGCAUCCAGAUGUGAAUGCGAGGCCGAGUAUGAGGCAGGUUUUGAAUGUGCUCAAAGGGGAAGCUUCCAUUCCUCGAGUGCCUCGAUCGAAACCCGUCGCUUCGUACUUCGAGGACAUGGAUUAAAACAUUUUUGGCCGCCACCGGUCACUCCCGCCACUCACGUCAGUCCCCCGGUCAUUUAGCCCAUGUUCGAUUUGGAGAAAAUGCCGUUGUUAGAUGUUGGUUUGGGAUGGAUGCACGGGAUAGGGUGAAUUUAUUCUUUUAGAUGUGUAGAGAGAGUCUUGUACAGUAAACCACCGAAUCUAGCCGCUACAGAGUAUACUUGAUGUAAAUUGCUUGCUAAGGUGGCCAUAGUUGUCAUAUAUCGAUUGUUGCAUUGGAAUGCGUGGGAUUAUCGACAUACGUACGACAUGGACCCCGACGAACUUUCCAAAUUCAGGUUGUAGGUUUGCCUUCUCGUCCAUUUUCUGCUCUUGUGAUUAAGCCAUUCGUACCGAUCGUCAAGCGAACUAUGUCUCUUCGGCCUUUGCAGUUGCUGUUGCUUUCGUUGUUAAUCUGCAUGGCUGAGAUUCUUUCCAUUUAUGUAGUCCUGAACGCAAACACUGAUACUAAAUUAUGAGGCUGAAGCUAUAACCGUGUUAGUAUGAUCCUUGAAAAUUCUACGCUAGAGUUUGCUGUAGCUCUCAGAAGUCUCCACUUGCCUGGAUUCACUAUCUUCGAACAAUACAUGGAGCAUUUUCUCCCUGGUCGAGUGAUGAUUGACGAAGAGCCACUUGAAAGCAGUAACCCCUCAUGAGAAAUUCAUUGAGUCCUUUUUGGAAUAGUCGUCAUCAUUCUCAGCAUAUGAUGGAUAAUUUUAACAGCGUGUGGCAAGAAAGUAAUCCAAUGAACAGCUUUUGGAAAUCUCGGACGAAGAAAGCCUCGAAAGGAUUUGUAGGUGGAAGGGGGUCCUUGUCUAAUGUGCCAUGUUCUAGAGCGAAAGUGGUGAGUCUGAACAUGACCAUCGCCUUUAUAGUCUUCUUGAAAGCAUCACGUAAGUGGCAGAAUCAUGUGGUUUAAAAAAAAAAAAAUGUCAAGUUCACUGCAGCCACAAAUUGCUGAUGAUGAGUUUAUACCCCAGGUUCAUAUCUCGAGAGGGUGGUUGUUGUUGGUCUAUGAUCCACUCUUCAAAGAACGAAAGGGCCGAAGAUGGAAUAGCAAAAUUUGUCUAUCACAUGAUAAGCAAGUAGCCAUUUUCUGAGACCGUCUUUUCAAGAUUGGCAUCAAUACGUACUAAUAAAUUCCGCAGUGACUCUCCAAUGAUGUCCAAACUCCUGUCGUUGCACGCUUAUACAAUUUUGCUAUCUGGCGAAGUAAGCCUGAUAGCCGACGACAGAGAUGACGAAGAUUGGAAGGAUGCAAGGUCGGUAUUUCCAGGAGUGGUACUAAAUGGAGAUUAAGAAUAUGGCUCCGCACAACGACAGCGACCUAGGAUGUACUGUACCAAAACAGAAGAUAUGUCAAGUUGUUAAUGCCAAAAUGUGUGAUGCGA